ACCCACCACCUAUGGAACUAGAAGCAUGUUUGAGGCAUCAGAGUCUUCUGUUACUCCAUAGUAUCAUAUGUCCAUUCUGCAGCCAUGCUUUACCUCCGUACAUGAACAGUCUUAUUAUUCUAAAAUCAUUAGUCAAGGAAAAAUUGUUGAAAAUGAAAGUGACACCCUGAUGUUCUAAUUAUCUUGCUUUUGUAUGUUCUUUUCAGUUGUUUUGCGUUUCUGCCUGAUUUGGUUAUAUUUGAAAUAUUUCAAUAUCUUAAACCAGCUGAAAUUUUACAGUCAUUUUUCGAUUUAUAUGAUUCAUGGUUGCCGAAAUUAAUCGAUGAAAAAGUUUGUUUGAAAUCGGUUGAUUAUUUAUCAAAUAUUCCAUCUGAAUUAUUCAUAUAUAUUUGUGCUAAGAUUAUCCCUAAAAUUGGUUCGACUAUUUUAUUCAUGACUAUUAAUGAAGAAAAAACUUACGGUCAAUUAAAACUAAUAAACGAUCAACAACUAUUUCGUUUGCUACCGUCUCUAACAACAUUAAAAUUAUUCCAUAUAAUUAAUUUAAGUGAUUUAGAAAUAUGUUUUGAAUUAUGUUUGAAAUAUUUGUCACUGCUGAUCGAUUUAACAGUUGGACUUUAUACGAAUAGAUUUGUAUUAAAGAGUAGUGUUUCGGAUACCAUUCACAAAUAUAUAUUUAAUGGAUCUUUAUUGCUAGAAGUUUUCAAGCUCGUUUCACCGAAUAGCUGCAGAUUACAGUUGCCGAAUGUAAAACAAAACAAUUUACGAUGCUUAACAAUUUCUCUUGAACGAUUUAGUGAUAUAUUUAUAUUAUUUGAUAAUCUGCCAGUCAUAGAAUAUUUAAGUAUUGAGCUUAGUGAAAAUUAUAUUUUUGACGAAAGCGAUGUACAUGACUAUGAUCAUAAUUUAACUGAGAAAUUACCAUGUUUAAAACAUUUUACAUUUAUUUCAACUGUUCCACAUUUACCGUAUAAAUUAUUCGAAAUGAUUAUUCAAGAUAUGAUUCAUUUACAACAGUUAUCAUUUAAAUAUGUGGCAUCUGGUAGUGGACAAGAUAUUAGUGGUAUUAGGUUAAAAAAGACAUUGUCAAAAUUAAUAAAUUUAACUCGAUUAGAUUUUCUUUUAAUUAUUGCCUAUAGAGAUAAUCAUAAUAUUAAUGAUAGACAUGAUUUCUUAUCU